ACUUUCUGGUGGCUCAGUGUUUUACUGAACAAAGAAAAUAGAAUCAUGACCAACUAGCAGUCAAAAAUAAUUCCAACUUUUAAGUAAAAUAACACUUGUUUUUUUAUAUAUAUUUCAAGUUGGUUUAAGCAAACAAAGAAAUGCUCAUGAAACCCUAACAGCUGAUAAAGAACUUUUACAUUGAGCUUUUACAAACAAGUAUUUUGACCAUAACUUUCUAUUAAAUUCUAAGCAGUCUUUUGUGGUGUUUUUAAUCUAAUCUCCCUUAUUUUACUGAUUGGAAUAACUGAUUUGGAGUGGGUUGCCUCUUGCUACUUUUGAAAACAGCUACUAAACAAAAUACAAUGAAGCCUUCUCUAGAACUACUGUAACCAUGUCUGAAAGCCAUAGUUUACCAUAUUGUUGUUAGUAUUUGUAUAUAUAUAUAUUUCCCAGCUUGUUCACCUUGGUUGGUAAUGUGUUUAUCUUGACUUGCGUGCACACACAAGCAUUCUCUUGCUUACACUCUCACCUUUGCCUGUGUGUACACACACACACACACACACAGGCAUAUAUGCACGUAUGCACAGACUGUUCAGGCAGUAUAUUCUGGAGAAAGCUUUCAGCCUAGUGUGAGUCCUAUAUCCAGGUCUUUUUCUGCUCCCUAUCACUGCGAGGUGUGGGAACAAAUUGUGGUACGCAUACUGUUUUUCAACAUUAGUAUAUUGAUGAACACUCAACUUUCAAAAUCACAGACAUAAAUUAUUUCAGGAUACCAUGUGUGAAUAAGCGAGAAGGAGGUUUGUGUGAGAGCUUUAAACACAAACCAUGUUGAAUUAUUUGGAAUGUGAUACCUGAACAGAUUCACACACUUUCUCCAUCCUCCACCAGCACCCCCUCCCCCUCCCAUUUCUCUACCUGUUGCCAACACAAGAAUGAGAACAAUGGGGAUAGGAAUACAAAGGCCUUAAAGGUCCACAAGCCAAGAUGCGCCUUCAUGAGUAAAGUUGAUGAGCGGUUUAAAACUGGAAGUCUCUUGAGAUGUACAUAAUUCUUUUUCAUGUAUAAAAACACUUUAAUAGGCAAGCACUAAAUGAUUGACUUUAUAUCUAUUUUAAAUUUUUGUCAGAAUUAACAGAUUAAAAUUGCUAUAGAAAUUUAUAUACCUAAUCUCUGUCUCUUUUUCUGACUGUGUACAUGAUGUUUUUGUAUUGUAUCAGUGUCUGCUGCCAAAGGUAUAGAUCUUAAAGACAUGUUUCAAGCCACAUUUUGAGUUGGGGAAGAAAGAAGCUUCUCAGGGACCAAGAAGCUGUGUAGGACUUUGUUGUGUAUAAAAUUUUAAAAUACAGAUUUGUGGAUUAUUUUUCUUUAUCAAUUUUGUUUUCAUUGGAUGCUUCCUAGUAAUGGAUAUAUUUAUUUUCUUUAAGCACUUCAUCCUGGAGAUUCCCCCCCCCCCCAAUUGCUAUAAUAGUUCCCAGUGCAUGCUAAAAUAUUUUCCAAAUUGCAUGCCGAUUCGUUUUUGACAUUUUAUUGAGCUUAAAAGCCAUGAAGAGUCAAUUUAGAAUUCCACCACUGUAAAGAAAGAGGGCAACAAUAUCUGAUAAUUACAUUGCAUGCUGUUACUUCAUUGGGUCAAGUAUUCACUCUGAAAAGGGAACUGGACCAUCAUCUCCGUAGAGAGCUUCACAGCUGGAUAAUAAUAGAAAGGCAAAUGGGUUUAUGGGUACACCCUACCAGAGGGGAUAGUACUGGAUGUAGCUUUGACUCAUUGAGGAAAAUAUUUUUUUGUGUUCAACUCUAUAGAUUCUAGUAGUGACUGCGAAAUCCUCGCAGUUCAUGGAGAUGCUGAUUGGAAAAUGCUUGUGUGUAUGAAGCUAUACCACAGCAUAGUUUGCAUAUACUGUAAAGGGGCACUGUAAAAUAUAGACCAGGAAGUGAAGUUAUGACCUCGAAUUUGAAAAGGAACUAGUGACCAUUAACAUAAACGGGGGCAUUGGGUUGGAAUCCUGGUAUUCCAGGUCCCAACACACUAUAACCACUACACCACACGGGUUCUUCAUUUAGACACUAAUCUGAGCCAACAAUAUAUAUAUAGAGAGAGAGCACGCUUGCCAUGCUAUCUGUUUAUACAGUAGUGAGAAUCAUUUACGUAUAGUGAGAAUCAGUUCCCCAACAAGUGCCGCUGUGUUUAUCUGUCCGGAACAAUCUCGGGGCCGGCGUCUUCUCCCGCUCCGCUGGCAUCGCUGAGACUCGCAGUUCAAGAGACUGGAUGCGCACGGGAUGGCCCUCUUUUUUUAUUCUUUUGACUAACGGGGGAGGAAGGAUCCCUUGAAUUAAAAACAAAAAUUAUUUGGAAAUUUGGUCCGUUGUGGGAGGGAAGUUUGCAGUUUUCUCCUCGCUCUGAUUGGCUUUUACGCGGAUUCCGCUCAGGGGGGCUGGACAAAAAGACACCUUUGCCUUGGAAGAGCGGAGCGCGCAAAGGGACCGGUAGAGGGGGCGCAAGAGCACGUACCCUGCCAGCGCCAGCACGGAGCCGAGAUAGCUUUUUCUCCCGCUGCCGCUCUUGCCUGGAACUCACCAUAGAGAACAGGAGUUCCGCUUCCGGUCCUGGUUUUCCUUUUGUCUGACCCGCGAGGAUGGAGGUGCAGGUGGCUCAAUGCGCGGAACGGCUUCAGCUGCAGGAAAAGGAAAUCAAGUUUCUGACUGCAGAAGUUGAUCGUUUGAAAAACUAUGGAUGUUUGGGAGUUUCCCAAAAUUUGGAAGGGUUGCGGGAAGAGAAUGCAAAACUUAAAUAUCGCUUAAAUGUUCUACAAAAGAGCCUUCAGGAAGAAAGAAGUAGAAGCAAGCCAUCAAAAGCCAUGAUUAACAUCAAUAGCCGCCUUCAAGACAUUUUUGGAGUGGCUAUUAAAGCUGCAUAUCCAGAUCUAGAAAAUCCUCCACUGUUGGUGACACCAAGUCAGCAGUCCAAGUUUGGUGACUAUCAGUGUAACAGUGCUAUGAGCAUAACCCAGAUACUGCUCAAGACCAAGGAGCAAAAAGUGAGCCCGAGAGAAAUAGCUGAUAAGAUUGCCAGAAACAUUCCUGACAAUGAAUGCAUCGCAAAGAUUGAAAUCGCCGGUCCCGGUUUCAUUAAUGUGCACUUGAAAAAGGAUUUUGUAUCUAAACAACUAAGCAGUAUGCUGGUGAAUGGAGUUCAGCUGCCUGCUCUUGGUGAAAGGAAGAAGGUGGUGAUUGACUUCUCCUCCCCUAAUAUUGCAAAAGAGAUGCAUGUAGGUCACCUGAGAUCAACUAUAAUUGGGGAGAGCAUGUGCCGCCUCUUUGAGUUUGUGGGGUUUGAUGUACUAAGAUUAAACCAUUUAGGAGAUUGGGGUACCCAGUUUGGCAUGCUUAUUGCUCACCUGCAAGAUAAAUUCCCAGAUUAUCUGACUGUUUCUCCUCCCAUUGGAGAUCUCCAAGCUUUUUAUAAGGAAUCUAAGAGAAGAUUUGACACAGAAGAGGAGUUUAAGAAGCACGCAUACCGAUGUGUGGUGCUAUUACAGAGCAAAAAUCCAGAUUUCAUUAAAGCUUGGAAACUUAUAUGUGAUGUGUCCCGGAAAGAGUUCCAAAAAAUCUACGAUUGCUUGGACGUUACCAUAAUAGAGAGAGGAGAAUCUUACUAUCAAGAUAAGAUGAAUGAUAUCGUGAAGGAGUUUGAAGAAAGAGGAUUUGUGCAAGUGGAUGAUGGUCGGAAGAUUGUAUUUGUUCCAGGGUAUUCUGUUCCCUUGACUAUUGUGAAAUCUGAUGGGGGGUUCACAUAUGACACCUCAGACUUGGCAGCAUUGAAACAGAGACUGUUUGAAGAAAAAGCUGAUUAUAUAAUUUAUGUGGUAGACAGUGGACAGGCUGUGCACUUACAAACCAUAUUUGCAGCGGGUCAGAUGAUCGGCUGGUAUGACCCCAAAGUGACCAGAGUAACUCAUGCUGCUUUUGGAGUGGUGUUGGGAGAAGACAAAAAAAAAUUUAAAACCCGUUCUGGAGAUACGGUACGGCUGAUUGACCUUCUUCAAGAGGGACUUAAGCGUUCAAUGGACAAACUGAAGGAAAAGGAAAGAGAUAAGGUUCUUACUCCUGAAGAACUGAAGGCAGCCCAGACCUCAGUUGCCUUUGGCUGCAUUAAGUAUGCAGAUCUUUCCCAUAAUCGAAUAAAUGAUUAUAUAUUCUCUUUUGACAAAAUGCUUGAUGACAGAGGAAAUACUGCUGCUUAUUUGCUUUAUGCCUUUACACGAAUCAGAUCUAUAGCAAGGCUGGCCAAUAUUGGAGAAGACACACUGCAGAAGGCAGCUGCACAAACAGAGAUAAUAUUGGACCAUGAGAAGGAAUGGAAACUAGGCAAAUGCAUUUUGAGGUUCCCUGAGAUUUUGCAAAAGAUUUUAGAUGAUCUUUUACUGCACACCCUUUGUGACUACCUCUAUGAACUGGCUACUACAUUUACUGAAUUCUAUGACAAUUGCUACUGUGUGGAAAAAGACAGACAAACUGGCAAAAUAGUGAAAGUGAACAUGUGGCGAAUGCUCUUGUGCGAAGCAACAGCUGCUGUUAUGGCCAAAGGAUUUGACAUCUUGGGAAUCAAACCAGUGCAGAAAAUGUAACUUAUGUUGACUUUUCAGGUAACUUUUCUACACACAAAAAUGAACUAUUUAGUUGAUUAUUAUGGCCUACUUGAAAAAUAAAAAAGUUUAAGUUU